AUGGCGGCAGCAACCGAAAACCACGAUACAUCUGUGCCUAACGAUGAAGUUAUGAGCGACGCCUACGGCCGUGGCAACAUUGGCGAAUCAGGCGAACUCGAGGAUCAGCCCAAGACCGAGGAAGAGUACGCGCAAGCCGUUCUCACUCUACGAGCUAUUGUUUCCUCCAAGGAGGCUGGUGUGAUCAUCGGCAAGGCUGGCAAGAAUGUUGCGGAUUUGCGCGAUGAGACUGGUGUCAAAGCCGGUGUUAGCAAGGUUGUCCAGGGUGUUCAUGAUCGUGUUCUCACCGUCACUGGUGGCUUACAAGGAUGUGCUCGCGCCUACUCUAUUGUCGCAAAAGGACUUCUUGAAGGUGCUCCGCAGGUCGGAAUGGGUGGCGUUGUCCAGAACAACGGAACUCAUCCUAUCCGCUUGUUGAUCUCUCACAACCAGAUGGGCACUAUUAUCGGUCGCCAAGGUCUCAAGAUCAAGCAUAUCCAGGAUGCCUCUGGUGUCCGCAUGGUCGCACAGAAAGAAAUGCUACCACAAUCCACAGAGCGAAUCGUGGAGGUGCAGGGAACGCCCGAGGGUAUUGAAAAGGCUGUUUGGGAGAUCGGAAAGUGCCUCAUUGACGAUUGGCAACGAGGAACAGGAACAGUGCUGUAUAACCCCGCCGUGCGUGUCUCGGUUGGUGGUUCCGGUCAACCCAGUCACAAUGGAGACAGAACCGGCGGCAGUUACGGUGGUGGACGCUCUUACAACCGAACUGGCAACGGAGCAGAUUUCAGCGAACCCAGUGGCGGCUACAACCGUCGUGGCAGCGGUGACAACGCCAACCGAAGCAUUCCAAUGGUCACUGAUGACGGCGAAGAGGUCCAGACACAGAACAUUAGCAUCCCUGCAGACAUGGUUGGUUGCAUCAUCGGUCGGGGCGGCAGCAAGAUCAGUGAAAUCAGACGUAGCUCUGGAGCGCGAAUCUCCAUCGCCAAGGCACCCCAUGAUGAAACUGGGGAGCGCAUGUUCACGAUCAUGGGAAGCGCACAGGCUAACGAAAAGGCCCUGUAUCUUUUGUACGAGAACCUUGAGGCUGAGAAGAUGCGCCGUAGCCAGCAGUCUCCUGAGUAG